UACAGUCUAGAGAAGCCGGCCUCCCCUCCCCUCCCCUCAUCCCUCGACCACCAAUGGCGCCGCCGCCGGCCCCGCCCCCGCCGCAGCCGGAAUGGGCUGAGCUACCGGUGGACGCGAUCCUGGCUGUGUUCGAGCGGCUGGGUGCGGCAGAGGUGCUGAUGGGCGCCGGGGUCGUGUGCCGCACCUGGCUCCGCGUGGCCACCCGCGAGCCGCGGCUCUGGCGCCGGGUGGACCUCACCGGCAGCUUCGACCCCACCGUCGACAUGGAGGCCAUGGCCCGCGCGGCCGUCGACCGCGCCGACGGACGCCUCGAGCACUUCGCCGCCGACAGCUUCGUCACCGACGCGCUCCUCUCCUACAUCGCCAAGAGAACUACCUGCAUGAAAAGUCUUCGGCUACUUGAUUGCAUGGAAAUCGCGGACAAAGGAUUGGUUGCUGUUGGCAAGACAUCUCCCUGUCUUGAGGAGCUUGAGCUCACUACCUGUUCCAUCGAUAUUUUGCUGAAGGUUGUUGGCCAGGCAUUUCCAAACCUGAAGUGUCUGUGGCUGAACAAUCGUUGGUUUGAUAUUCAGCUUGAUGAGUUCAGAGAUAACUUCCAUGCCCUUGGCAUAGCCUGCAGUAUGCCCAAGCUACGCCAUCUUCAGCUCUUUGCCAAUCGACUCCGCAACAAUGCACUUGCUGCCAUCCUUGACAACUGCCUGCACCUUGAGUCCCUUGACUUGCGUCAGUGCUUCAACGUCUAUGUGGACGCAGAGCUGCAAGCAAAGUGUGUAAGGCUGAAGGAUGUCAGGUUCCCGAAUGACUCAACCAAAGACUAUGAGUAUGAGACGUAUAUUGAGACACCCUCACUACAUCAUAGCUUGGGCAUCCCUUUUGGCCACAGGGUGACAAGAGUAUGGUCUUAUAAUGGGUGACUACCAUGUGCGUGGGCGGAUCGUCCACGAUGAUUAAUUGAUCAAUGACAUCUGCAGGUUCUUCUUAUCUAAAUAUAUAAAAAUGGUCAUCUGGAAGUUCUACGCUUCUUAUAGCAGCCAAGCGUCUUCCGAAGUAAGUUAACUCGCUGGGCGCUGUAAGAUAGCUUUUGCAGCUUCUGCUUCCAAACUGCAAUCGGGCAAGUGACCUCAAAUCAUAUGUAGUAGUGGCAACCUUUUGUUCUUGUUCUGUACUACUGUAGCUCUGUGGUAAGUUUGUUGGUAUGCGUACGACUUUGAUGAUAUGUUCUGUCGACUGGACUAAUUAUGCGAACUAGCCCUCGCGUGCGAGUGAGACGCGCGAACGGGUCUCCAGUCCACGUGUGUGCUGCUUUGGGGGUUCAAUCGCGUGUUUUCUGUCCCUUUUCUGGCGCUCAGCUAUGCACUUCCAACCUCCCGGGCCUUGUGCGCGUAAUGUUCAAGCGAUACUAGCCUGAUUUGCAAUGCGGAAACU